UUGCAGUGCAGACCAGUCAGAGUCCAGUAGUCAGUCAAGUGCGCCUCUGGUUCUGAGCAGCUCCGGACCAACUACAAUCAACUCACCCCACACUCACUGCCAAGGACGCGGUUUACGUCUCUCGUGCGGCUCGAUGGCAUCGUUCGUGCUGACCCUGGAGCAGCUGCCGGACGACGUGCUCGUGUUGGCGAUGCAGCUCUUGUCCGUGGAAGACAUCCUCGCCUGCCGCCUCGUGUGCAAGAGGCUCUGCGGCCUGGCCCUGCACCCGGACGUCUGGCUCCACCGAUCGCUCAAGGACGACGAGCCGCGCGCGGACGCGGUGCUGCACCUGGCCCCGUGCCUCGAGAAGCUGACCGUCACGGGCCGAGUCCCGACCUUGGCGGUGACCACGACCAGGUGCGCCGUGGCAAGUUUGGAACUAAAGAAGAACAGCUAUAGAGAGUUCCGUAACGCCGCGGAGUACGCCUUUGCCGUGCGGAACCAGGAAUUCCUGGGGCGUCUUAAGAAACUUGAACUUGAUAUAUAUGGGGAGGCUAACGCAGACGUGCUGUACAGGACUGUGGCAUCGUGUUCCGGCUUGGACUCGCUCACUGUCGUUUUCGGUCCCCAAACCACCCACCCUGUUGUUCAUGGGCCGCCCAGCUCGUCGCUCACGAUUUUCAGGUGCGGGGUCAGUGCAAACUCGACGUCCUUUGUGAACACCAUACUGGCCGGGCACGCGGCUACCCUGGAAAAGGUUGAGAUAAACAACGCAAGAAUUGAACAAUUUGACGUGGGGGAGACUACGACGGCAGACCUGUUAGCCGCCAUGCCGAGACUCCGAAGUCUGCUAUGCGACAGUACGUUUUGUGGGUUUGAGGAGGUUGCGGCGUGCAAAACGCUGAGAGACGUGACCAUUGAACUGUGGAUUUGCUCCGGUGAUUUCGGCAGCGUUGCAAAGUUCCUCCGCCGAGCCAAACAAUUGCAACGUGUCCGCCUGGAGAACGGCACGGGAGUUUCCAUCGGCGAGCACGGCGCGGCGUUAGUCGACGCUCUGGUUUCGUCCGGGUGGUCCCACGUAGAGCGACUGGCCCUUUAUGAGCUCGAGGACGCACAGCCGCUGCUCCGCGCGCUGCCCUCGCUGCCCGCCCUUCGCCACCUGGACUUGGUGAACGCUGAUACCGAAGACGAAGACGAGCGAGGUCUUUUUUAUGAGUUCGAGGCGUUCGAGGACGCACGGCCCUUUCUCUACGCGCUGCCCCCGCUGCCCACCCUUCGCCACCUGGACGGGGUGGACGUGCUGCUCAAGAGCAUCACCCCCGUCACGGCCCCGGCGUUGAGGCUGCUGGAGAUUGAGGUCGUGAGCGUGAAGUGCCCCCACGCCUGGAUACACAGGGCAGCCGUCAAGGCCGCGCUGAUGGCGAACCCGCUGCUGCACAUCCAGCUAUGGUGCUACCCUACUCGAAGGCCAGCGCCCCAAGAGUGCGAAGUGUGCGAGAGAGACUGUCAUCAAGGUGUAAAGUGGCACGAAGUGAAGAAGAUAGGCCUCUACUCACAUGACCCUGAAGAGUGUCCCUCUCCAGAGGAUCUCACUCCAACUAACGACGACAACAACUGGAGGAGGUCGUUAUUCGAGCGCCCUAACGUCGCGUGUACGUGGAUCCAUAUGUAAUUUAUGAACUUGUGAUUGAUUUUGAACUUAUGCAACUCUUAGUUUUGUUCUGUCAGACAUGUUCAGGAAAUAGGUCAAUACUUUCAUCGUUUUGUAUUGUUCAUCAGGUUCUUUCAACUCUUAAUAAAUGAGCAGUG